GAAUUUCGACAUUUAGUCCAGUCAACCCCUCGGCUGGAACACCCUUUUCGUUGGUAGUUGACGAAGCUGACACGAGGGUGUUUGCUUGCCUAGAAGCCCUCUCAUCUUACCUUACCUUAGACCCGGGACCCGGACCCCGGAGUUGUCUUCUUAAGCCGAAGUCCUUCACUGCAGCAUGGUUUACUAUGGCGCGCUGAGCAAGGGUUGCCAGCGCUGCCGUCAACGCAAAGUCAAGUGCGAUCAACGCAAACCGGGAUGUCUCAAGUGCGAGAAAGGACAGAAGCCUUGUCCCGGCUGUCGGAACUUGACAGACCUUGUCUUUCGGGACGAGCGCCAGCGAAUCAAAAAGAAGUGUGCAGGCGAAGCUGAGAGGUCGUCAAAGCUGAGAAAUCUGCCAAUCAACUACGCGUUGUGCCUCAACAUUGAAGAUAGGGCGGCCACCUUUUUCUUCACCCACUACACCACUACUGGGCCACCGUUCUGUGACUCGUACCAAUCAUGGCUUGCCAAGACAUAUCAAGAAGAAUCUCCUAACAAUCUUGUCCGACAUAGCAUCCAAGCAGUCGGCAUGGCUGCUAUCUCAAAUAUCUCUAACGCCCCCAAAAUCGUGCUGCGGGCCAAGGAGCGGUAUGGACAAGCACUAAAAGCUACUAAUGUGGCUCUGUAUGACCCUGCUCAAGCCACGGCAGAUACAACUCUCAUGGCAAUUCUUCUCCUUGGGCUAUUUGUUACGAUAAUGUUUGAAAGUUGGAAUGAUAGCCAUGCGUGGACGGCACAUAUUGAGGGCGCGACGGCCCUUUUGCACCUUCGUGGCAAGAGCCAAUUCACUAGAGAGCUGGGAAUACAGCUCUACAUACAAUUCAGACAGCAAAUUCUCCAAGCCUGUAUGCAACGAGGUGUUCCCGUACCUGCAGCCCUUGUCGAGAUAACCAUGCAAUUCGAAGCCAGCCGUCAAGGAACACAGUACAAUAGUCUGCGUCCAGGAUCAUUAGCAGUUCUAGGCUUCAGACUCGUUAAUCUUUCUGCAGCCAUGAACAGACAACAAAUAACGGACGCCAACGCAAUCUGCCGGAUAGCUGUUGAUAUUGACAGUGAUCUCAACGCCUGGGCGUCAAGAUCAUCACAAUCUGAUCGGAAGUUCCACGAGGUUGAAGCAGACGCAUCCGGGAAAGAAGAGAGUUUCAAUGGGAGACGACAUGUGUAUAACAGUGUUUGGGGAGCACAAGUGUGGAAUAACUGGCGGUCGUUGAGCAUAGUGACAAACCGUAUUAUUCUCAACUACUUGGAUAAGCAGAGCUUCGAGAGCGAUGCACUCAAAGAUAUAAUGCGGUUCCACAGCAUAUCGGUUAUCCAGAGUCUUUCUGCCGAUAUAUGUAUAUCUACGCCUAGUCUAUUUGGUUCCCCGCGUCAGUACCAAUCGCAACUCCCUUUGAUAUGGACACAGGAGCUAAUAACAACCCUAGGAGCCCCUUCAAUGAUCUGGCCGUUGCACAUCGUCUCCCAAGAAGUACUAAACGUACCAAAUGUACGAUCUUGGGCAGUCGAGCAGUUAGUAGGGAUCAAUAAGUCGAUGGGCAUAAAGCAAGCUGCUGUUCUGGCAAACACUAUGGGCUGAAAUUGCUGAUUAUGGGGACACCCACUUUGUCAUGGCGAUAGAUAAGUUUGCCUUCCAUUCUAUCAACAUUGUUUUGAAUCAUAGAUGCUAUUGCAAUGAUGGACCUAUUCAUAGUUCUGAGUUGCAACUUCCCACAUUGAGUCACCAGGUUGAUCAAUGCUAAGAAAUUUGGACCUGAUGCAGUAUACAUAUCCAAAAGCUCAUUGAAAAGUGUUCUAGGCUUCAAGCGCGGUAACUAGACUGUCGCAGGCUGUAAGGUUUAUGGGUGCAGAAGCUUUGAUGAACGAAACAGUCUGUAAUACCGACAAUUCAUGCUGUGGACGAUGAGGUAAGCCAACAUUUCAGUUAGCGCCGG